AUGUCACCUCCUCAUCGUCCACCUCGACCACCUGGAGUCAAAAUAGCGUUUUCCGAUUUAUCAGAACUUCAUCCUCUGAUCCUAUCAUAUCUGAAACUCCUUUCUCCUCAAACGCUCCUGUCACUUUCCAAAUCGUUAUAUAACGAACUCCUGCCAGUGGUGUAUAAUCGAAUAUCGUUGAAUCAACAUAAUGCCCAAUCACUUUUUCAUGGUUUCUUCCCGUUAUCGGAAUCAUAUAGACGUGUUGGGCAUAAUAGAAACAUAAGGACUCUCCCAUUACCAGGUCGAAGAGCAAGGUCUUCUCCGCCAGAUAUCAGAGUAUCCUCAACAUCAAUAUCGACUUCAUCACAUUCACGUAAAUCCUUCGCAUUAGGUUUAACUCAAUAUUUGAUAUUGGAAGAUGCUGAGAGUUUAAGCUUGAUCUGUCAAGCCCAUAUGGAGCUUUUAUCGUAUUCACCAAUAUCAUCCGAUCCGAAUCGGAAUUCAUCUUCUUCCAUCUCCAACUCGGAUUCAAAUUCAACAUCAGACUCGAAUUUGAUGUAUAUAGAUACAAGAAGAAUAGACGAUUAUUCGUAUUCUUGGCCUUUGAAGAACGUUCAUACUUUAUCGGUAGGUUGGCCCCUGAUAAGGUAUUUAGCGGAAAGCCACACGACUCAUCCAAAGGAAAAACCAUUACCUAUCUGUUGUAUUCCAUUUGAGUCUAAAGUUCUGGUGAUUGACAUCGGGAGAUUGGGAGGCGUUAGGAAAAGGUUUUUAAGACAAGCCAUAGGUGAAUUAGCAAGUGAAUUUACCUUGGAAAAGUUAGAACUCAGGAUAUCGACUGUUCAAGAUUUGAAAGAGCAAGAAGAGAUUUAUAUACCACCGAUAGAACAUCCGCCCCCCGCAGCUGAAAUUAGAAUAGUCAUCCUAAAACCAUACUCAAAGCACAAAGGUGAAAUUCCGAUUUUGAGUGCCGUCGACAGUACAACGCAGUACGUGAAUGCUAUCAAGACGUUUCUCGUGGAUACGGGAAGAAGGAAUUUCAGAUUACCAAAGAUCGAAAUUGUUAUUGGCAUUCACCAGGAGGUGGAGAAAUUGGUGAGGGAAUCAAUUCAGGGAGAGUCGCAAGUCGGAGGAGUUGCAAGGAGCGUUGGUCAAAGAGCUUUGGAUGCAACGACGUUCAGCGAUAUAGCAUCAGUGGAGCUUUGA